AUGAAGUUUGGCAUAGAGUUCAACCAGCGGUCAGUUUCAAGAUGGAAGAACUAUAACAUUGAUUACAAUUUGUUGAAAUCCCUGAUCAGGGAUGCAACUUCUGAAGUCGAUGAUUCUUCGUCUAGUGACUCGUCUGAUCAUUCUCUAACAGCAAGUCAAAAGAAACUGUUGAAAAAACUUUACAAGAGCUUUCAGGAUCAAGUGGAUUUUGUUUCUCUAUUUGUUUUUUCCAAGGUAGGAGAGAUAUCAAGACGUUUAAUGGCCUUGAAACGCCAAUGUAAUAUGUUCAUUGAAUCAAAUGGCGAUGUUGAACCUGUUACAAAAGUGUCUAAACGUAUAAGGGAGAGAAAGUUGUUGGCGUUUCACAGAGAACUAGAUUUAAUAACAAAAGAGUUACAGGACUUAUCACGAUUUAUCCUUUUACAAAAAAUUGCCAUAAAAAAAUUGUUAAAGAAAUUUUUAAAGCAUUCAAUGUACUCUCAAAAAGAAGCUUUUGUUAGUAAAAUCAAAAAUAAAUGCCUUACAGAAAACCCCAAGUCGUUUGUUCAUCUGAAUUUGAAUGAUCUCACAUAUGAAACUACAUUACUCUAUGAAUUUUUAGAUACCUUCUUGAAAAAUUUUAAUAAAGCUCCGGCACAGAAGCUGCAGCCGAACCAGCAACCUAGAGACCGUCAAAACUCGACGGCAACAAUCGACACCUUAAAUUUAACAACAAGUAGUUAUGGCAUCAAAAACUCGGAGAGGAAUGAACAGCUGUUUCCGAAAUCAACCACUUUCGACGUUAUUUCAAAAAGGAAAGGUCCAAGAUCUUUUCAGUUUUGGGUUCAUAAUGAUAAUUUGGAUCAAAUCAAAUUUUUACUCACUUCCGAGUUUAAACUAAUUACCGAUGAAACUCCUUUCGCUCAUGACACACGAUUGAAAAGUACAAGAUCGAGUUUAAACUUAAGCGGCGAAGCUGAAGGGACUAAAAUUAAACCAAAUAAUAGUCAUCAAAGGAAAACAUCUAAUGAUGAAUUUUUUGGAAAGAAAGAAACUGUAAUUUCAAACGAGGAAUUCUGCCCUGAAACAGAUUCAGUAUCCGUGUGGCUUAAUAAUAAGUCAAAUUUGAAGUUUGUCCAGACGACUAGCUUGGACGACUUUGACGUUAAAGUUGAUUCUAAUGAAAAUCUAAACGUUUUUUGUGCCUCUCCAUAUUCUCAAAUUAUAGUCUCUAACACCAAACUUAACGUUAAUUCCAAUUUAUUAUCCUAUCCAGUUUUAGUAACUCCUGUUGGUGGCUUAAGGCAGUUUACUAUCUCUGCAUUGAAUGAAAUAAUGGUUGAUACAAUGUUCCCUUUAGAUAAUGGUAAAAGUAACGAGGAACGAAAAAAAGAACUUUACCAACUUUGGAGUGAUUCCAAGUUACCAGGAAAUAAACAACUCUCUCAGUUAUCAAUUGACUGGGUCAUUGAUAACAAGGUCGAACCAUUGGCCAGUGUAUCUUCAAAGAAGUUGCGUUAUAUCAAUCUUGAUGACAACGAGAAAAUCAACUUCUUUAUUUCUUUAGAAUGGGAUAUUAGCAUAACAACUACAAAAGAAAGUGGGAAAGAGAGUAAAAAUGUUUAUAAAUUUCCACAUGCUAUUUUAGAGAUUAACUAUGAUUUACCUGAACAAUCCUUUCCCGAGAAUAUUAAAUUACUAAUAGAUUCUUAUUUGGUUUAUCGUGUCGAUAACUUAAAUUUUUCUUUGAACAACUUUCUGAUUUAUCAGCUAAUUCAAGAAGAUGGUGACGUGCAUAUUUCUGACGCACAGAUGCUAUUAUUUAUAGCACCAUGGCAUGGCGCCUUGGAAGCUGAGAUCAGAAUAUUGCCUGAACUUCGGGCAAAAUCUCAAGGAGCAAUUGACCUUGGUGUCCAUAAUCCUAAAACCAGUGAUAAUUCCAGUGUGUCAGAUGGUAUUUUACUAAACAGUAAUGACAUAGUGCCUCAAAAGCCUGGCUAUUGGAAUGAGUUUGAUAAUGGCUCUGACUAUGGAGGAGAUGAAAAUGCAUUUUACGUGUAUGUGGAUUCAAGUAAUGGUGGUGGUGGCAUAUUUAGUUGGUUGACACGAUUUUUUAGUUAUAAUGAAAACAAGUUUUCCCAUGUUGAUUCAUAUCUAGAAAAUAAUAAUGAUCGUGGUUUAGAGUGGCUUUCCAAUGAUAAAGCAGGUAUGGUUUUGAACUGGGUCAAAAAAGCAAGGAACUUAAAACAAUGGCUGGAUUUUAAUAUUCUAGGAGUUCACGACGCUCCUAAAGCAGAAAUGCGAUCUCUGCUAAACAGUCAAAACAAAAGGUAUUCAUUUGGCUCCAUCAAUGACCGCUAUAAUGACACAUAUGACGACUCUGAAACUGAAUACGAUGAUUUUGCAGGUUUAUCUGGGUUUAAGCCUAAUAGAAGCGACAUUUUAUUGAAAGGAGAUCAUGACAAUUGUCUCUCAUUUCUCUAUUUAACCAUGAUCAUGUUUUCCGUGAUAACCUCAUCAAUUGGUGCUUUUAUAAUUUCCAGCUUGUUUAAUGGAUCAAAUAUAGGUAAACCACAAUUUACCCAUACGGUCAUUGGUUUGAUUUUUUUCUCUAUUAUUUGUUUGAUCCUAAGUGUUAUUUUAACUGGUUUUAGCAUCUGUUUUAUGUUAUCCAGGUAUACUAGUGCACCCCUUUGGCAUACUGUGGUGGUAUGGACAGGCUCCUUACUCUCAAUAAUAUUUUUCCUGGAUGGAAUUACCACGUUCUUUGUUUAG